AUGGGAUUCCUCAAAAUUGGAACUCCAUUAAGUUGGGAGGAUGUGCAAAAAGUAAAAUCACUAAUCAGGUUAUAUGGCAUACUGCAGUUUGUUCAUACAUACAAAUGCAACAAAGACCGAGUAGACGAAAAUAUAAUGUUUGGAGACGAAAUAGAAUACAUCGUUAUUUGCAAUGAUGAAAAUUUAAAAGAAUCUUCUGCUCUUUUAUGUGCAACAGAUUUGAUUGAUGAAAUGAUGAACCUAGAAAGUGUUACUUAUUGUGAGUAUGGAUCUCAUUGGACUCCAGAAUAUUCUUCCUUCACCAUUGAGGGGACACCUUCCGUUCCGUUUAAAUUUGAUAUAAAUUCUUCACCCUUUGUUGAAGAUUCCAUGCGCAUAAGGAGAAUAAAACUGAACAAUGUUCUCAGUGCCAUUCCAGGAGUGCGGGCCAUCACUUUGCCAUGUUUCCCAAAUUCGCUCCUAGAGAAUAGCUUACUUAUGGCCAAAAGAAUCAUCCAAGAAACGGGUAAGAGGAAGGGUGACAAGGAGAAAGGUGUUGGUUCAGGUGGAGAUGCCUUGGAGGCGCCAGGAGAUGAACAUGUUAAUCAAAAAGAAGCGGAGAAGGGACAGAGGGGGGAGAUGGUUAAAAAGGUCAUCAGUCAAGGAGAAUACAAAAUCACGCUGAAUGAUAGCUCGCAGACGUAUGCGGACGAGGGUAAGUCUACCCAGUUUGUAAACUCGGAUAUGAUUGCACAAAAGAAUGACGACUCUUUGAUGCAAGAAAUGUGCGAAGACGAAGUGGGCAGUGCGGACCAGGCAGACCAGGUGGACCAAUUGAAUGAAUCAAACCAGAUCAGUCAGCCGACCACCCCAAACCGACCCAUCUUCAUAAACGAGGCCAAGGAAAACCUCCUCUUCGAAUGCGACCUAUUCAAACCAGAGCAAACGCAUCAGUACAGCAACAGCUGCCUCAUCACCGAUAUGGUAAUCAGUCCACACGCCAGGUAUGUUACCCUAACGAAGAACAUAAGAAAACGAAGGGGAACAAAAGUCAUUUCAUUUAAUGAGAUAUACAAAGAUGAGAACACAGAGAAAAUGCCCAGGUGGGAACACUCACUGGACAAAACGGAUAGAAGACUCUUCAAGAAAAUAAAGAAAAAGUGCAUCCUUGAUGAGCACUUAAUUUGGAACAAGUCUAUGACGAACAAGAAAAAAAUAGAAACUGUUGGAUCGGAUUUUCUUCCAAGUGAAGCACAAGUGGCGUCUCCAGGAGUGGUAAAAGUGUCAGAGGAUCCUUGCACGGAGGACUCUCUGACCGCGCCAGCUAACCUAAUGAACCAAGUGAUAAAAAAUAGCCUGUUCAGCAACCUGGACGACGAGAAGGAUUACAUUUACGUGUACGAUCGCAAGUUUAUCGAGGAGUAUUCGAAGAAGUGCAAGAAUCCAAUUAAGGAUUAUGUUUACCUAGAUGCAAUGUUCUUCGGAAUGAGCAUGUGUUGUCAGCAAGUAACAAUGUCAUUUCCAACGAUAGACGACGCGAAGUAUUUAUAUGAUCAACUAGCUGUUAUCGCGCCUUUGUUCUUAGCCCUAACGGCAUCAACCCCAUAUUUAGGAGGGUUUCUGACAGAGACGGAUACUCGAUGGAGAGUCAUAUCAAAUUCUGUUGACUGUAGAACAGAGGAGGAACUAGCCUACAUUUCCAAGCCAAGAUAUUCAGGUAUAUCUUUGUACAUUUCUAAUGAGUUGCCACUCAGGAAGAACUAUCAUUUCUAUAACGACAUAGAUGUGGUGUUGGAUAAGAAUGUGUAUGAUAAAUUGGUUAAAGAAAAUGUUGAUGAUUUUUUAGCUAGGCAUGUUGCUUCUCUCUUCGUUAGAGACCCCAUCGUUGUUUUUGAGGGAUCCUAUAGUGAAAAGGAUAUACAGUCAAUUGAGGAGAGGGUGAAUAGGUUCAGUUCCAGCAUGGGAGUAGAGGAGUCUUUCCCGAAGGAUGAUUCUCUGCCAGAAAGAGAUUCCGCCGCUGGUUCCGCUAGUAGGUUGGACAAGAACCCCAUCAGCAGCGUGUAUCUGAGUGAUGACUUCAGCUUUUUGGAGGAUUACGAAGAGACGGUAUUGUCCUCCCAUCAGCACUUUGAAAAUUUCCAAAGCACUAACUGGAACAGUGUGCGCUUUAAGCCGCCACCUAUCCUGAACAACCACUGCAAUGGGCCAAGUUCCAUAGGAUGGAGAGUAGAAUUUCGCACGCCAGACAUUCAAAUUACCGACUUUGAAAACGCAUCAGUCGUUACGCUCAUCAUGGUAUUAUCCAAAUUUAUCCUAAAGGAGAAGUUGAACCUAUACAUUCCCAUGUCCAUGUUGGAGGAAAAUCUUUUCCGUUCUGCUAACAGGGAUGCCAUUUUUAAGGAGAAGUUUUACUUUAGGAGAGACUUAACAUAUGACACGGAAGAUAAUCAAGUGGAGGAAAAGACUUUAUAUGAUAUUUUUUUUAACGAGCACAAUGGCAUUUUCUAUCUUUGCUCUAAGUACAUUGAUGAACAGUUCCGCGAGGGGCAACUUUCCCAUGCAGCUAAGAAUAAAAUAAAUGAGUACAUUGAAUUUGUGAAGCUAAGGUGUGCUGGAAAAAUCUGUACAGGUGCUGCCUAUUUAAGGAACUUUAUUUUGAACCACCCAGCUUAUGAAAAGGAUUCGUACAUCAACAGCAGGAUAAAUUAUGACAUUUGCAAAUUGAUAGCUGAUAUAGGGAAAGGACUUAUCAUUCCUCAGGAAUUAUUAGGUGUGUUUGUGGACCCUUACAAGGAAAGAAUAAAAAGUGAUUUGCGGCAAAUUAAUGAAAGCCAGUAUGUGAAGAGCUUAGCUUAUAAAUUCAUCUCCGGGGAGGAUUACACACAGUACCUGCUGCUUAGCGAGGCCAUUAAGGAAGGUCAGGAUUACUACACCGGUACGAGGCGCAGCUAUUGUGAGGAAUCCAUGGAUAACAACACGCUGGAGUUUGGGAAGAAGCUUUACCAGCUUAGUGCUUAG